AUGGGCUUCUUGGACGAAUUGAAAUCAAGAAAUUUCAGUGUCUAUGGUCAAUGCAAGCAUUUUGAUAUUGCACAGCAAGCUUAUUUUGUUCAUGAUUCAAAUGCAUGUUUAGUAUUAAUUGUGUUGGGCGGCUUGAACUUUGUCCAUAACGUCAUUUUCAGUAUUGUUGGAUGGGUGAUCGCCUUUAUAUUGUUAUUUGUAGAAAUUCCACUCCUAACACAUUGCUGCCCAACUAGCCCAAGAUUAAUGUCUGGCUCCGUGCUAUUCUUUAUCUUAUGUAAGACUACAAAACACCGAGAAAAUUCCGAUUCAAGCACAACCUUUUUUGACUUUUACAUUUCUGCACCUUUGCCUAUCUCGUUGCUGCUUUUAUGGGCCAACCGUUUGCCAGUUCAAAGUAAGAUAAGGGAUCACUCACUGGGUUUUGGGAGGAGGUGGAGUAGACACGAUGGUUUAAAGCAGCUCAACUAUGAAACAUUUUCGUUCUUUAUAAAGCAGAAAAUGAUGGGCGAAUUUAAGGUUGGCUGA